UCGAGAGGUGGAAGAAGCCAUGAGAGUCAAGGGCCACAACAGAACCUUGGAGGAGUGUCGCCGAAAAUGCAAGUCGCUGAAAUCUCAAUACAAACAAUACAGAGAUGCUCUGGCCAAAGGUACUACAAAGGGCGCCCCCCCGCCCUUUUACAAGGAGCUGCAUGCUUUCAUCAAAAGUGAUGGAAGCAUCAGACCCCACAGACUAGCCACCAGUGGGGAGCGCGUGAGGGUCCCGGCGGGCCAGCCAGCCAGAGCCGAGCCUGUGGUGGUGGUGGAGGAGGAGCAGGAGGAGACCCCGGAGCUUGAAUGUGCCCAAGACCUUUUGAUGCCCCGUCAGGGUAAGAUGUGCCAGGGCCCCUGGGGGGAAGGGAGGGGGAAAUGGGACAAGGGGAAGAUGUGGCCCCAGGGUGGGCACAGGCCAGAGAUGACCCUUGUCCCUUGUCAUAUAGAUGAGGAGCAGGAGGAGGAGGAGGAACACCCCGACUCAGGUGAUUCCUCCAGCAGCCAGAGACCUCUGGACCCCCGCGCCCUGCUCAGACGAAUGUCUGCUGAGGCCGGGAGCUCCAGAAGGAGACCACCAUCUCGUGCUGGAUCCUCUUCCACGACCAGCAGCUACCGUGACCGCUCACCUCUCUCUCGGGCCAGUGCACCCGCCAGCGAUGGCAGUGAGACAGAAGAGAGUAUGCAAGUAGGAGGACGAACUGAAGCAGAACAAGAAGAAGAAGGAGAAGGAGAACCUCCUCCAGCUAAUCCCAUAGCUGCCAUGUCAGCAGAGGAGCGCCUUGCCACCAAGAAGAAAAGGGUCCGUCCGUCAGCAGCUACUAGAACUGUGGCAGCUGUGGAUAAGCUCACGGUUUGCUCAGAAGAGAAAAUGACAGAACUGAUGCAGCAGGGGCAGCGAGCCUGUGAUGAAAGGGAGAGGAGCAGACACUCCCGCAGAGAGCUCAUGGAAAGGGCACUGGGAUUUCAAGAGAGGGCACUGGGAUUUCAAGAGAGGGCACUGGAAGUUCAACUGAGGGGCGUUCAGAACCAGGAGACAGCACUAGAGAGGUCAGACCAACAUCAUGAGACCACAGUCCAGGAGCAGAGGCGACUCAACACCACCAUGGAAGCGCAGACUGUUCUGAUGGGGCAAAUGCUGGAGGUCAUGAGGGGAGGGCUGGGUGGCCCGAGACGCAGAAGGGUACGUAGGGAGCAGGGUGGAAGAGGCAGGGCUGCUGUCCCCAGGGUCGUGGAGGAAGGGGUUGAGCAGCAGGAGCCCCCAGCAAGAGGUGGAAGAGCCAGGGCUGUCCCCAGGGUCGUGGAGGAAGAAGUAGGGCCACAGGAGCCCCCAGCAAGAGCAAUCCCUCCAGCUGAGGAGCAGGCAGUUGCCAUGGAGGUGGAACCGGCUCAGCAGCCUCUGGCUGGCCCAUCCUCUAGCCUCUUCAGUCAGUCAGUGGCAGUCCCACCGCCCACACCCCGCCCCCAAAGGCAAAGGGCAACUAGAGGGGGCCUGGGAUCAAGGGGCAGGGAGCACUGAAAAGGCACUAGGUCCCACGAUGUCCCAUAAAGACAUCAUUUCGCCUCCCAGGGCAU